AUGUUCCGCCCCUCCAGCCAGCGUCGAGCGCCAAACAAGCUUGUCAAGCGCCCUCCGUCACAGCAUUUAGCCUUUUCAACGGCAACAAAGCCAAAGGACCAAGGCUUGCGGCGGAUUGUCCCUGAAGCGGAGGUUUUUCCAGCACUUCUGCUGGCAACUUCAAUUACGAAUGAAGAACGUGCAGAAGCUAAUCUGGAAAAGUCUACCUCUGUUUCACCGGUUCAGUUUCGCAACCCAUUCAGACCAACUGACACUUCAUCUCAAGAGAUAAAAGCAUGUUUUCCACCAGAUGCUAAAGAUAUCCAGUCACCAGUUUCUAGUGAAGCGGAUCCUAAGUCGCCGGCAUGUCCUCCAGACUCUGCAGGUGAUAUAAAUUUUGGUGUCACAUCUUUCACGCAUCGGAAGCGGAGGGCAAUCUCUACCCCUCUUCCGAGAUAUUCUCGAGAGAUCAGACAACGGCCGUUCUCAUCAAGCACAGUAGAUUCAUCUACCUUCCAGGGCUUGAUACGCCAGCGUCCUAAGCGGCAUUCUAUCGCUGCGUCAGAUCCCGCCUCAACUAUCAUAGGCUCAGAUGAUACUCGAAUUUUCUCAUCCGGCGACGAAGACGAAACGGAUUUCUUUAGUGAUACCGCUUUCGACUCAAUUCGCACGCAUAUUACUAGCAGCAGCUCUGGCCUCCAUGCGGCCCAAAUCGAAAACAUUUUUGAUCAAGACACCCCUUGCGCCUAUGCAGAUGAGGAAUCAAUGGGUCAUAAAAACCCCGGUUUAACUCACACCAUCGUUUCUCGAACCAUGAAAGAAUGCCACUAUAGCGUUCAUGCAAACGCGACCUCUAUUCCCAUAUCUUCACCAGAGUCCCAGGAUGUCAUCCGUUUGCAAGAAGACAGCAGACUUUCGUUCCAAUCUGAACUAACAGAUGAUGACGAUGCGCUCAGUCUCGUUGCCGCGUUGCCUGGGGAAGAAACAAGCACACAGAAUUCACAGUCAAUACACCCGUCCCUAUCUAUGAGUGGCUAUCGUGGUGGGUAUUCUGAGUCUCGUCGUUUCUUAACCGAUAAUACGCCUCAAAUCUCUGAUUGUUUAGCGGACGCCUGGAUUGUUCCCCGUGAGACACUAGAGUCAUGUCCAAGGAUAAAUAUAUUUGACUGGUCCGAGCAGCGAAAUGAUCGUGAAGGAUCUGGGUCUGAUGGCCGACCACGGACUGUACAUGGAAAACAUGGGGCUGAGUCUAGAGGCAGCCGUCCACCUGGGCGGAAAGCUCCAAAUACAUUGCAUCUUCGAAGUCAAAGUGUUCCUGUGUCAAGAGAUCCUCCAACUGCCAACGAAACACGUCAAACUUCAGGCAAGUUUGGGACUUGGGGCUUAGGUAGCAAAGGUGUAAGCGAAGAUUGGGAUAGUGACUUUGAAUUCGAAGAUGCAGAUGUUAGUGCCGUCAACGGGAGCAUGAAGCCAACUAGGGAUCAUGAUGUUCCGCGGCGUAGUAUGAUUGUGCCUCAGGCGAUAAUGGAUCGACAGGCUAGCCUCCACGGACAAUUUGGACAGGUACAAGAGUUGACCUUAUUGGUUGAGGAACUAAAGCGCCUUCGCCAUCAAGCCAGCUUCCUAGACAUCGCGCGCGGUCCAUCAAGUGAGUUGUGGAAGGAGGCAGAGGGUAUUGUCAAAUUGGCCACACUUGAUGAAGACACCAACCAUUCCCCUCCUGGCUCUCCCUCUUCCCUCACUUUUAGUUUCGAUGAUUCUGAGGUCGAGUCUUCAAACAAUGAAAACCGAAAACGUGCCAGCAGAGAAUCCUGGCAGCCUUCGCUCUCGGAACAGUCAAAUCCCACUCAACCUACCAGGCCAAAUGACAGGAAGAUACCGGCAGAAGCCAAUUCUGUGCUGGAUCUUAUUUAUCAGCAACGGGCGUCCUCGGAUUCCAGUGAAUCUCACUUUCCAAGGCCAAAGAAGCUACCGUUUGACACACGAUCUCUGCGUGAUCUUGUUGUACGCGCCGGUGUUGUAACACGUGCCCUAAAAGAAGUAAUUCGCAAAGCAGAAGGAGUUGCAAUAGACUCUAGCAAUACUUUUCACACUCCUGGUCCCUCAUUCAGCCAGAUUUUUAAUCAGCCUUCUAAUGAGAAUUUGACCAGCUUUGGAGCUUGCUAUGGUGCUUGA